CUUUUUCUUUUUCUUUUUUAACAAACAAAAACUUUUGAAUUGUUGUUUGUCAUGGCGCAUUUAAUACAACCGUCUGAUCUGCCAUCAAUAUUUGCAGAUCCAUAUUUACAAGUUGUUGAUCGAGUCUUCCCUUUAACGCAUCGUCGUAAACAAUAUCUAAAGUACUAUCCAGAAGAUCAAAUAAUUGAUAGAACCAAUGAUUUUAGACCGACUGAAUAUUUGUUAUAUAAAAAAAUUAAGAACACAGUAAGGUCUUAUAUUCUAAUUGUAACUUGUCGAGAUUGAUCUUGAUUAUUAUGUUGUUUUUCUUUCUUUCUUUCGAUUAGGCUGCUAAAAUAGUAAGAGAUAUUCCAGAAUUUGGUCAUUUAUUAAAAGAUGAUAUCGUAGCAUUUUUAAAAGAUGACAUGAAUAUAUCCCGAAAAUUUGAAAGAUAUGAUUCUUUACGAGAAAACGCUUUUGUUACAAUGGACUAUAUACAUGAUUUAAAAUUAUUAGUAUUUGCUUCUGCAUCUAGUAUGUCUUCAUUAGUCAUUAUAAUAUCAAAAAAGGAAUGCUUUGAAUUAGGUGAUUACUCUGUCGAGUUACCGUUAGAUACAAUGUACAUUACACACACUUGGGAUCUAGAAUAUCCUAUUAGACAAAUUACAACUUCACCGUUUUCUUCUUUAGAGUUUAAAAUAUUUCUUGUUAGAACAACAUCUAAAAUACAUUUAUUUACUUUAAAUGAAAAGGAAGGUCUUAAAAUGAUCCAAAUUUUUAAUUUAACUACAGUAUCAGAUAGCAACCCUUCUAUUGAUUAUUCUAUGCCUUUACAUGUUGAGUUUAGUCCUUAUAAACCAUAUGAAUAUGUAUUAGUGACUACCAACGGCUAUAUUGCUAUUGUUGAUGGAUUGGAUGGCAAAAUUCUCUAUAAUGGUAUAGAUCCCUUUCCAGAUAAUUUGAAUUACAUCUCUCGCUGGAAAUCAUGUUCUUUUGGUAAAACGUCUUCUACCAUCUUAAUCGCCUCACCUGAAUGUAUCAAAGAAUGGGAAUUUACUGAUACUAUAAUUCAAAAAAGGACUUUAGCGGCACCUAAUGACCGUAUUAUCUCCUUUACAGCGAAAUCAUCUUUAUAUUGUUUCGCAACGUUAGAUGCAAUAUUUGUUUUUGAUUAUUUAAUACCCGAACGACCUAUUCUUAAAUGGAUGCAUCCUAUGCGAUUAGGCGCACCUUCCUUACUUAUUCUUGAUGAAUUAGAGAAAGAUAUUUGGAGGCUUGCUGCUUUCUCUCAUCAAACUCAAAGGUUAACAUUUAUAGAAUUUAAAUAUACAAAUCAACCUACGAAAAGGUAAAGAAAGACAGAAAGAAAGAAAGAAAGAAAAAAAAAAGGGAGGGGGGAAAUUAUUCUAACCUGAAGUCUAUUUAAGCAUUAUUCCUAAAGCUGAAAUCAUUGGAUUACAUAAUAUAAAACUAUCAAAAUAUAAAUUUCAAGAAUUAUACAAUUAUAAUAAUCGUAUAUCAUCUAUUGGAUUUGGAUUAGAUUUAUAUCAAUUACAAAAGGAUAAAAAGAGAAUAGAAGAUAAAAGGUUACUUUGUAUUUAUCGUCUCUUUGAAGACGGUUCAGUUAAAGUACAAUAUGCAUCAUUAACAGAAGAAGAAGGGCCUGUAGAUAAAA